UCUCCCUCUCCUUUUCUCCCUCUCCUUUUCUCCCUCUCCUUUUCUCCCUCUCCUUUUCUCCCUCUCCUUCUCGUUAUGGUUUGAGAAACCCACCACAAUUUCUUGUCCUUUAGAGAACUACUCUCUCACCCGAUGACACCUCCCCAACCGGGAAGGGGAAUUGGGGAAAAACAAGGACCCAGGAGGACACUGGGGAGCUACAUCGCGGUUCUGUGAUGGUGACUCAGAGCUCUGCAGCCACACUGGAGUCCGUGCCAUGGGCGCUCUGAUGCCUUGUCUCCCCUGGGCCCUCUCCUGAUCGUGAUGGGGCUCAGCGUAUUCUCAUCUGUGCUGCAGAGCAAGCGGCUUCAGAAGUGGUGGAAGAAGAAGAAGCAACAUCGGACAAGCAAGACAAGAGCCCGGACAGAGAAGCAGAGCGGUGAGUGGCCCCAGCACCGAUUACCCUGCAAAUGGCCUACACCCCACGGCUGCCCUGAGUCGGGGCUGCGCCGGGGGCUGCCGGCCGCUCACUCUGUCUCCUCCCUCCCCAACUUCUCGGGUAGGGGAUGGAGGAGUGGAGAAAUCCCGUCCGAAGCAGGAGAAGCGGUGAGUGUGAGGGAGACCCCAGAUGCUGCCCCAGACCCUCACCCCGUGCCCUGCCCCUGCCUGCGCUGGGCAGCCCUGACCGCCGGCCAAGGGGGGUGCUGCCCGCGGGUCCCGCUGGGCUCCGGGGUGCAGCGGGGUCUCUUUCUCCUCCUUUGCAGGGCAAGUGUGGAGGACUCAAGAAGGAAGCCCCUCUCCCCAUGGGCCCCGCUGGCCACCGUGGACUGCAAGACAGAUGUAGGCUCCUCUUCCUUCAGCUCCCUCUACUCCUUCCCGGAGGCCUGUCCUGGUGGGAUGGCGGAACUGUCAGCACUUGACUGCUCAGGACCCCGCCAUCCCCCCAGGGCUGUCAAGGGGAGGGUGCAGGAGCCAGGGUCAGCCCUGUGCCAGGAGCCCCCACUGGAACUGCCAACAAGGACCACGCAAGAGGUCUACUUGACCUCUUGCACAUUUUCAAGUAGUGGGGAGAGAGGCAGCAGCGCGGCGAGUUGACAGCCAGAGCCGGCUGCCGGCUGCGCUGCAUCUGCUUCAGAAAUUUCCCCUAAUGGCUGGGAGGUGUGGGGCCGGGAACCCCCUGGGGUGCCCCACUUCUCAUCCAAUAAAAAAGUCAAUAUUUUCUCUAUCCCUGUGAGUGUCAGCAGAUCAGUUUUGUCCCUUGACAGGAGCAGAGAAUCAGUUUUGUGUAAGGACAGCAGUAUGUGCUACAGUAAUGCCGACUCUCCUGUGGAGAUGGGGGGGCCCUUGCCCCUUGUGCAUUACACCCCACCCGAAGAGAGAGACAACGUCUAUUAUUGCGUUUACUAUCUUUAUCUCAGAUCAUCUGUUAUUAUGUGUAACAAUAAUGCACCCUCAGUGAGUUUGCAGAUGACACCAAGCUAGGAGGGAGUGUUGAUCUGCUUGAGGGAAGGAAGGCUCUACAGAGGGCCCUGGGCAGGCUGGAGGGAUGGGCCAAGGCCAAUUGGAUGAGGUUUAAUAAGGCCAA